GUUUUAAUAAAAUGAAUUUCAAUAAUCACAACAGCAAGACCUCUGAUUCAGAAAGUGAGGUUUAAAAAUGGAAGGAUCGUGCUUUAAAAUUAGAAAGUGGUUUUAAAGUAAAAAUAUGUAGAUUUUAGGAAUUAUAAUAAUUGAUGGAUGAAACUGAUGAAAUGAGAAAUAAUUUAGAGAAAAAGAUAAUGGAAAAUUAAUAGUUAGUUAUUGAGAAUAGUAGAUUGAAAGAGCGAUUGCAAAAUAUAGAUAUUCCUGAUUAAACAUAUUCUAAUAAAAUGUUUGAGGAUCAUGAUAUAAAAGAAAAAGAAUUUAUUAUUUAAAAAUUGGAAUAAGGAAUAAUUGAUAAGGAUAAUCAAAUUUUAAAAUUUAAAAGAGAAAUAGAAUCAAUAAAUGUAUAUGAAAUUUAAAUAUUUAGAGAAGAUCAAAGUUAAAAGAAGAAGAAUUACAUAGAUAAUAUUAAGCUAAGUUAGAGGAUUUAUAAAUAUUAUAUAAAAAUGAUACAAGUGAUAACUAAUAAGAAAAAUUUCACCUAAACAAAAAAUUGACAGAAAUGGAAUAAGUAUAUUUUGAAUAUUCAUUCUUUAUAGAUUUUAAAUUAUAGGACAGAAGAAAAUUUAUUGUUGAUGAAUGAAUUAAAUUUAAAAAAUGAACAAAUAGUUGAAUUAAAUAAUCAUAAUAAAUUACUAGUUGAACUUAAAAAUAAAGAAUACAAAGACUCAUAAAUAUAAUAUUAAUUAUCAACCUAACAAUAAAUAAAAUAAAUGGAAGAAUCUAUUAUAUAAUAUAAAAGAAGUUAAGAAUAGCAUUUAAUUGAAAUAGAGUAAUUGUUAUAAUUUAAACAAUAAAUAACACUUAAAAUAAAUGAUGUAAAUUUAUAUUUAUAGAUUUUAUAGCUUUCAUCUACUAAUUAACAUUUAUUAAUUGAAAAUGAGAGUUUGAAAUCUACUCUUUUAUUAUUUUAAAAACAGAAAGAUUAAGAUGAUUUUAUGUAUGAAGAUUAGAAAAAAAAAGAAUCAUUACAUAUAAAGAGAUAUUAUGAAACAUUAUUAGAAUAAGUAGAGAAGGAAAAUAGAAGUUUAAGAUUGCUCUUAGAAUAAAAAAGUAGAGAAUUAGAUGAUUUAUGGAAUUAAAGCAAAAGAUUUUGA